UUUCCCGGCUACCUUCGCGCCUGCGAGCGACGGCUGCUCGCAGAGGCCAAACUUAGUGAGCGGAAGAGUAACGCGCGCGAUUUCAGCUUCUGUCGGCGGGAGAAGGUGAUGGCGGGAGAUCCUCAGGGGACCUCGAAGCAGAUGCAGAAUGGAGCGAGAGGGCGGCGACGGCAGACUCUUUUUCCGCGGUCUCCAGAACCGCUCCCACGAAAAGAUGAAGCUGCGAAAGAGAAAGUCCUCUUUGUACCACAGCCCCCGGAAGAGCCCUGGGCGCCGCGGAGAUCUUCUUGGUGAAAGCAUUUAUCUGGUCUUGUUUACCAUAGCAUUACGAAUAUGUAACUGCUUUUUAGUCCAGACAAGUUUCGUUCCAGAUGAAUAUUGGCAGUCUCUUGAAGUUGCACAUCACAUGGUUUUCAAUUAUGGUUAUUUGACCUGGGAAUGGACAGAAAGAUUGAGGGGUUACACUUACCCCUUAAUCUUUGCAAGCAUUUAUAAGAUUUUACAUCUUCUGGGGAAAGAUAGUGUUCAGUUGCUGAUUUGGAUUCCUCGACUUGUCCAAGCACUUAUGUCUGCUGUAGCAGACAUGAGGCUUUACUCAUUAAUGAAGCAACUAGAAAGUCAUCAAGUGGCAAGAUGGGUGUUUUUUUGCCAGUUAUGCUCUUGGUUCACGUGGUAUUGCUGUACCAGAACUCUUACAAACACCAUGGAAACUGUUCUCACUAUAAUUGCUCUUUUCUACUAUCCUUUGGAAGGGUCAAAGUCUAUGAACAGUGUCAAGUACUCAUCCCUGGUGGCACUUGCCUUCAUAAUUCGUCCCACAGCUGUCAUUCCAUGGAUACCUUUGCUCUUCAGACAUUUCUGGAAAGAACAGAGAAAGCUUGAUCUUAUUCUAUAUCAGUUUUUACCUGUAGGAUUUGUGACUUUGAGUUUGUCUCUGAUAAUUGAUCGUAUUUUUUUUGGUCAAUGGACUCUGGUUCAAUACAAUUUUUUGAAAUUUAACGUGCUACAGAAUUUGGGAACAUUUUAUGGUUCUCAUCCAUGGCAUUGGUACUUCAGUCAAGGAUUUCCAGUUGUCUUGGGUACUCACUUACCCUUCUUUAUUCAUGGCUGCUUUCUAGCCCCAAAGAGGUACCGGAUAUUUUUGAUGACUGUGCUGUGGACACUGUUAGUUUAUAGCAUGUUGAGCCACAAAGAAUUCAGGUUUAUCUAUCCAGUUUUACCAUUUUGUAUGGUGUUCUGUGGGUACUCACUAAACCACCUGAAAACGUGGAAGAAACCAGCUCUGAGUUUCCUGUUUUUAUCAAAUAUGCUCCUCGCCCUCUAUACUGGUUUAGUUCAUCAGCGAGGUACUCUUGAUGUCAUGACUCAUAUUCAAGAACUCGGUUACAACAAUCCUAAUAAAUCUUCAGCUUCAGUAUUUGUAAUGAUGCCUUGCCACUCCACUCCUUAUUAUAGCCAUGUCCAUUACCCACUUCCAAUGAGAUUUCUCCAGUGUCCUCCAGACCUGACUGGAAAAAGUCAAUAUCUUGAUGAAGCAGAUAUAUUUUAUCUAAAUCCCUUAAACUGGUUGUAUAAAGAGUUUCACAACGAUUCAACAUUGCCUACUCACUUGAUCAUCUUCAGCGUUUUGGAGGAGGAAAUAAGUGCUUUCCUAAUUUCAAGCAACUAUGAGAGAACUGCUGUUUUCUUCCACACUCAAUUGCCAGAGGGUCGUACUGGAAGUCACGUAUACGUCUAUGAACGGAAGUUAAAAGGGAAACUCAACAGAAGAUGAAAUUCUGAACUGUGUUUAGAUCUUUUCCAGAGAAAUAGAUAUUGCUGGGUAGAAAUAUUCAGAUGCUGUUUAAAUACACUAGUAAACACUUGGGUAAGAUUCAUGGAACUAGCAAAAAACCACUAUGAAGUGCUUUACCAAAUAUCGCUACUGAGGAAAUGUAUGAAAAAUAUCACAAAGUAUAAAAUUGUGUAUUAAUACAAUGCCAAAUUUUAAAUAAAGACCUUUAGUUUUCCUCAUGGUGUAGUUUUAUUGUUUCUUCCACAAUAUUCAGAUGUGCAAGAAAUUUCACAAGAGAACAAGUCAGCAAGCUCUUAAGAAGGCAGCAAAUUCUUCACAAGUCAACGGGCUCUUGAACUCACAAAAAGACAAGAAGCAAGUGUAAGGUUAUAAAAUGUUAAAGAUGAAAUUCCAUCAUAGUGUACUUUUUUCAAGCUCUACUGCAAAUUCAACACAAUAUCAGUGUUAAUUACACUUUGUCGUGUAUGAUUUGAGCUUGCUUUAAGCUCAUACACUGAAAGGAAGUCUCAUUUCAUGCACAAAAUGUGUUGCAUGCCUGGCUUCCUUAAUAAAACUACAGUUGAACAUUUCCAGUGCCAAAAAAAUUCAGCAAAGCUAAGCUACAGGAAAAUGCAGGUUAGUAAGCUUUUGCUUGAUGCUUCUGAGUAAUAAUAUAAAGUCAUCAAACUGAUACUUAGAAAUGAUAAAAAGACAUUGUUAUCUUGAUAAUUUCAUCUUAGUUUCAACACCAAACAUUGUAGAAAGCAUCCAUGUUUUCUGUUACAGUUUUCUAAUUUAACUUAAUCAUGAUGAUCAAUAUUUCGGAUCAAAAGGUAAUUGCCCCAAUUCUAUUUCAAGAUUUGCCAUGUGUCUUCCAUUAUUGCGACCAUAUUUAUGCCAUUUACCUUCCCUUUUAUAAGGUUGUGGCUGAGGGUGCUUCUGCUCUUGUUUUCGAUGCCUGGAGUUUUCAAUAUUUACCAUACGUUGCUUUUUAUCUGGUCGACUGAAAGCAGUAAACACAUUUUUCAUCUAUGUUAGAGUUAAAUUUAUUUAAACAAGAAACAAUUUUAAUGUUUUUCUCCAUUAAUUAUCUGAAUACUCUGAAAAAGGAUGUUAAAUUAAUCUGAAGUAAAAUCCUAGUAUAACCAUAUCAGAAAGAUUCAGAGAGUAUUACACUUUUAUCCUAUAGAUUAUAGAAAGAAAAAAUACACAAACAUAACUGUACUGGCAAAAGGGGGAAACACUCAAAAGAUAACGAAUAGAAAUGUGACAAUAAAAUAAUGAGAUGUGUUUCCAUUACUUGUCCUCCUUUCCUGUAAAAAUCAGUCCCUCCCCAUUGGCUUCAUCCCUCAGCAGGAAUAUGUAUACAUCUCUAUACAUCUCUUACAAACAAAGUCUCUUUUUUUCUCUCCUACUACCAAGAUUCAUAAAUAAUGUCUACACUUACUGCUCUCCUCAAUCUCUAUAAUCAGUCUUCUGUCACUACUUCACUGAAACAGUCCACAAUACCAUCCAUGGCCACACAUUCCCCAGCCAAGAAAUCCAGUC